GCGCAUGCGCACUCGUCCUCUCUCCCUACUGACCUCCUCCCGGUUCCUGCUGCCGAUGAUCAAUUUCUCCCGUUAAACCCGCUCAAAUACAUCCGCACGGAUACUGGGUCACACAUGAGGCCAUGGCAGCUGUGUUCGGGAAGAUCCAGAUAGGCAUUUUUGUGGAAAUCAAGCGGAGUGAUGGCAGAAUCCAUCAGGCCAUGGUGACAUCACUCAAUGAAGACAACGACAGUGUGACAGUUGAAUGGAUUGAAAAUGGAGAUACAAAAGGAAAAGAGGUUGAUUUGGAGAGCAUAUUUGCACUGAAUACAGAUCUGGCACCUGAAGAGGAAAUCGCACAGAGUCCAGAAACUCCUCCUCCCCCUGCGUCCAGCGCCAUCAAAGUCAACAAGAUCCCGCAGAACAAGAAUCGCAGGACAGUCGCUCCGCCUAAAAAUGAGACGCCUGCCAGGGAUAACCGAGGGACGACUCGAGCUCGUCCGAGUCAACAGACCGAAGCUCCUCCUCCUCCCGCUGCUGUUCCACCUCCACCCAUUCAACAUCAGACCCUACAACAACAGAUCGCCCGCAGGAAGUCCAACUGUGUGAAGGAAGUAGAGAAACUACAGGAAAAGAGAGAGAGGAGACGAAUACAACAGCAGGAGCUGCGUGAGAAAAGAGCUCAAGAAGUCGAAGCCACAACGCCUAACUAUGAAAUCAUGUGCAUGAUCCGAGACUUCAGAGCCAGUUUAGAUUACAGACCGCUGACAACUGCAGACCUGAUCGAGGACCACAGGAUAUGUGUGUGUGUGCGGACACGACCAUUAAACAAGAAAGAGAUGACGAUGAAGGAUCUGGACGUCAUCACCAUCCCCAGUAAAGAUGUGGUGAUGGUUCACGAGCCCAAGCAGAAAGUGGAUUUAACCCGAUAUUUGGAGAACCAGACGUUCCGCUUUGACUACGCUUUCGAUGAUACCGCCACCAAUGAAAUGGUCUACAGGUUUACCGCCCGGCCGCUGGUGGAGACUAUAUUUGAGAGAGGAAUGGCCACCUGUUUCGCUUACGGUCAGACGGGCAGCGGUAAAACCCAUACCAUGGGCGGAGAUUUUUCAGGGAAGAAUCAGGACUGCUCCAAGGGCAUCUACGCACUCGCCGCACGGGAUGUUUUUCUCAUGCUUAAAAAACCCAUCUACAAGAAGUUGGAUCUUCAGGUGUAUGCCACGUUCUUUGAGAUUUACAGCGGGAAGGUGUUUGACCUUCUGAACAGGAAGACGAAGCUGCGUGUGUUAGAGGACGGUAAACAGCAGGUUCAGGUGGUGGGAUUACAGGAGCGAGAGGUUAAAUGUACGGAAGACGUCCUCAAACUCAUUGAGAUGGGGAACAGCUGCAGGACGUCAGGACAGACGUCGGCGAACGCCCACUCGUCCCGCAGUCACGCCGUAUUUCAGAUCAUUCUCCGCCGGAGAGGAAAAAUGCACGGCAAGUUCUCGCUCAUCGACCUGGCGGGAAACGAGCGAGGAGCCGACACGUCAAGCGCUGACCGACAGACACGUCUCGAGGGCGCUGAGAUCAACAAAAGUCUCCUGGCACUGAAGGAGUGUAUUCGAGCUUUGGGUCGAAACAAACCACACACUCCAUUCAGAGCCAGUAAACUGACGCAGGUCUUACGAGAUUCUUUCAUCGGAGAGAAUUCCAGAACAUGUAUGAUCGCUACGAUCUCUCCUGGAAUGGCAUCGUGUGAAAACACAUUAAACACAUUGAGAUAUGCCAACAGAGUGAAGGAGUUUGGGAUAAGUCCGUCUGAUAUUCCCUUCUCUCAGGGGGGAGGCGGUCGCUCCGAGCUUUCUCCUACCUAUGAGUAUGAUGACUUUGCUACCUCACCCAGCAGGGUGAAGGAGUUGACCAUAGACCCCAGUGCGGUGAUGGACACUGGGCCCGGCGGACACUCGGUCGGUCAGCUGGACGUGCUGGAGGCUCAGUGGGGGGUGGGCAGCUCUCCUCAAAGAGACGAUCUCAAGCUCCUCUGUGAGCAAAACGAGGAAGAGGUGUCUCCUCAGCUCUUCACCUUUCAUGAGGUCGUGUCUCAGCUGGUGGAGAUGGAAGAGCAGGUUCUAGAAGAUCAUCGAGUCGUGUUUCAGGAGUCCAUACGCUGGCUGGAGGAUGAGAAGGUGCUUUUGGAAAUGACGGAGGAGGUCGAUUAUGACGCGGAGUCGUACGCCACUCAACUCGAGCAAAUUCUGGAUCAAAAGAUUGAUGUUUUUACAGAGCUCAGAGAUAAAGUGAAGUCUUUCCGCUCGGCUCUUCAAGAAGAAGAACAGGCCAGCAAGCAGAUAAACCCCAAGCGUCCUCGAGCGCUGUAGCUUCAUGACCAAUCACAACAUGUGAUUCUGCCCAUCAGACGUCGAUGUACAUACACAAAUAACUCGCUCUAAGUGUUGUGACCGUUUCUUUCAUCUACGAAAAGCACAUUUUAAUCGUGAUUGUAUCGAAAUCCAGUUCAUCUCAGUUUUUCAUUGUCACGAAAGGGAUCCGUGAGCCGACGCAUAAACAUAGCUUGAGCCUUGACUGUGUGCGUCUGUAAAUAUUUCAUGGACAUCAUUCAAAAGGAAAAUGCUUUUCAGAUGUAUAUAGCUGCUGCUUGUGUUUUAAUCUGAAUCCCGAUGGAGAAACAGCCGCAGAUAUAUUUACCAUUAGAGACAUUUUGACUGAUGCUGUAUGGAUGCCAACUGAUAUUAAAGGCCAUUAAGUUCAACUAAAACACUCGUUUCAGUUUGACUCAUGUAAAAACGCAUUCUUAUGUAAAUUCGAUUGUUUACAAUUCCAUGAUUUCACAUUAAAAGAGUAUAAUAUACAGUGAAAUCUUUGAAGUCUGGAGAAAAAAAAACAUUGACUCUGAAUUGAAAAAGGCCUUAUUGUUAGAAACAGACAAAGAGUAUAGUUCAAAGAUAUCGUGCAUCUUUAAUCCCAAUAGAAACGCUGCUACACAAAUUGUUGGAUUAUCUCUAUUGAAACCUGCAGGAACCGAUUCCUGAACGUUGUAUUUAUGUUCUGGUUUGAUUAAAGUUAACAAUUGUAAAGGGAAAGAGUUUUCUAUGUUACUUGCCUGAUAAAACCAACAAGGCCAUAACUGUACCAUAAAUACCACAUGUGUACACAUGUGUGUCGUGGCUGAUGUGGAGCUCUGAAAGGAUGAAACGAGGGAUUUUGUUACCUGAUGGUGUUUUGUACAUUUUGUCAUUUAUAAAAAAACAGUGUUUUUUCUGACACUUUCCUCCUCAUGUGUAUUACACCCUUGAAAGUAAACCAUCAUCUGUCAACUUUAUACUCAUUUGUGUU